GUAAAUUUAACCUCAACAAUCCGAACGCUGUGAUUGAUUGGCAAUAGGCAAUAGGAAUAGAAUUUCCAACGUGAUGGGAAUUCUGUGUUUAUUGCCUGUGUCAUGGUUCAUUCUGCAUUGAUGCAUGGUUUCUAGUAUGCUGGAAUUCCUUGCUUUUAUUCCUUAUUUUUAUUCCUUGUUCCUAUUGCUUGUUGCCUGGCAUUGUGUAAUGAUCUAGAGAGUGACAUGUAAGGUUACAUGUAAGAAAUUGUGUAAAAAUAUUGAAGAGAAAUUAAGAAAUAAUAUUUAACAGUUACACCAUCACGUGCUAUUUUUGAGUAAAAUCUAUAAAUUUUUUGUAUAAUAAUUGAAGUUAAAAAAUAACAUUUAAUGGUUACGCCACCACAUGCUAUAUUGUUUUGAAAUAAAAUGUUAAUUUUUUGUACAAUAAUUGUACAAUAGUCAUUGGCUUAUCUAUGUGUUGAAUUAGAUAUUCGUAAAAGAAUAAAAUUUACUUAGCAACAAUGAAUACGAAGGAAAAGGAGAAGUACAUUGAGGAAUUCGAUUUUCCGCAUUGUGACGAAUCCUCGAAAUAUGAGAAAGUCGCCAAAAUCGGCCAGGGAACUUUCGGAGAAGUGUUUAAAGCCAGAGACAAAAAGAAUGGUAAAAAAUAUGUUGCAAUGAAGAAAGUAUUAAUGGAUAAUGAAAAAGAAGGAUUUCCUAUUACAGCAUUACGAGAGAUAAAGAUAUUACAACUGCUAAAACACGAGAAUGUUGUAAAUCUUAUAGAAAUUUGUAGGACACGAGCUACCCAGUACAAUCGGUUUCGUUCAACUUUCUAUUUGGUAUUUGAUUUCUGUGAACAUGAUCUGGCUGGUUUGUUGUCAAAUGUAAAUGUAAAAUUUAGUCUAGGAGAAAUUAAGAAAGUUAUGCAACAAUUAUUAAAUGGUCUUUACUACAUUCAUAGUAAUAAGAUCUUACAUAGAGAUAUGAAGGCUGCUAAUGUUUUAAUAACAAAGAAUGGUAUACUAAAAUUAGCUGACUUUGGUCUGGCACGAGCGUAUAGUUCGAAAAAUGGUCAUUCGAAUCGUUACACGAAUAGAGUUGUCACUCUCUGGUAUCGGCCACCAGAAUUAUUGCUUGGUGAUAGAAACUAUGGACCGCCUGUAGAUUUAUGGGGUGCAGGCUGUAUUAUGGCUGAAAUGUGGACAAGAUCUCCCAUAAUGCAAGGGAAUACAGAGCAACAACAACUAAUAUUGAUUUCACAAUUGUGUGGAUCAAUAACAACAGACAUAUGGCCUGGUGUUGAAAGUCUAGAUUUAUUCAAUAAAAUGGAUCUUCCUAAGGGACAGAAGAGAAAGGUUAAGGAUAGAUUAAAACCAUACUUGAAGGAUCCAUAUGCUUGCGAUUUACUGGAUAAGCUACUGAUUCUCGAUCCUAACAAGAGAUGUGAUUCAGAUUCGGCGUUAAAUCACGAUUUCUUUUGGACUGAUCCAAUGCCAUGUGAUCUUAGUAAAAUGUUAGCACAACAUAGUCAGAGUAUGUUUGAAUACUUGGCGCCUCCAAGACGACCUGGCCACAUGCGUCAUCCACAUCAUCAAGUACCUGGGGGAGCAACCAAGCCUACUACCACUAUGGCAGAAAGUGGGUAUCAAGAUCGUGUCUUCUAGCGUAUUUUAUUCUAAUAUGUAUAUCAUAAACUGUAUCAUGCUGUUUUGCAUUUUCGUUAUUUAUAUCCAAUAAUGAAAUGUUCACCUUUAACAUCAUACCAGAAAAUCAACUGCAUUUAAUUAACUGUACUUGUUAGAUUAAGCGUAGAGAAAUGUUUAGAUAAAACGUUACUUGUUGACUUCUUUUGGUAAAUAUGCAAAUUACUGGUGCUGUACCUGUGAUUUUCACCUAUCUAUGA